GGGGCAGUGGGGAAGGUAGUCUGGCCCUCGUCAAGUGAUUGUAGUCUUUAUCAGUUCGACUACCCUGCGAGGAGAAAUUCCUGAGUAUAAUUCACCAUGAAGGUAGCAGUCAUUGGAUCAGGUSCUUCUGGWCUUGUUGCCAUGAAAUCGUGUAUCGAUGAAAACAUUGAACCAGUUUGUUUCGAACAAGAAGACACUAUCGGUGGACUGUGGAACUUCACUGAAGAACAACGACACAGCUCAGUCUAUCGUUCUACAGUCAUCAACACAAGCAAAGAGAUGAUGUGCUUCUCUGAUUUCCCGAUUCCUAAAGACUUUGCCCCUUUUAUGCACAAUACAAAGGUUAUGGAAUACUUCCAUCUUUACGCCAAACACUUUGAUUUGUACAAGUACAUUCGAUAUCAAACAAAAGUUACAGACAUACGAAAGGCUGGAGACUACGACGACACGGGAAACUGGGAAGUGUGUUAUGUAAGUCUUAUCGGUGCAGAAGCUAAUGUAGUCAAGACGGAAGUAUACAAUGCUGUUAUGGUAUGCAUUGGACACCAUUCCAGUCCACACUGGCCAUCCUUUCAAGGAAUGGAUGAAUUUAAUGGCAUUAAAAUCCACAGUCAUGCUUACAAGGAUUUCAGACGCUUUGAGGACAAAAAAGUUUUGAUCGUAGGUAUUGGUGAUUCUGGUAGUGACAUUGCAGUAGAACUAAGUCGGCAUGCUUCACAAGUGUAUCUCAGUACCAGAAAAGGAUCAUGGGUGCUUUCAAAAUUGCAUGAGAGUGGUGUUCCAAUUGACCAUUGGGCCAAUCGUCGCAUACUUCAACUCUUGCCCAAAUCCUUUUUUGGCAUUUUGUUAAAAGCACAGGCAAACAAGAAGUUUGAUCAUAGGUGCUUUGCACUUGAGCCAGACCAUGCUCCUUUACAGCAACAUCCAACACUUAAUGAUGAUCUUCCUAACAGGAUCAUCAAUGGAACAAUUAUUGUAAAGCCAAAUAUAGCUCACUUCACAAAGUCUGGGGUAGUCUUUGAGGAUAAAACUGCAGUUGAUUUGGAUGCAGUUGUCUUCUGCACAGGUUAUGACAUUGGAUUUUCCUUUAUUGACAAGUCUGUUAUUCCAGUAGAUGAUAAUGAUGUUACUCUGUACAAGUAUGUUUUUCCACCUCACCUUCCCAAGUGGAGUCUUGCUGUCAUAGGGUGUUUCCAACCCCUAGGGGCCAUCAACCCUUUAGCUGAACUUCAAUGUCGUUGGGCAACUCGUGUCUUCAAAGGAAUCCUAAAGCUACCCAGUGAAGGCAAUAUGAUGAACGACAUCAAGAAGAAGAAAGAAGAAAUGAGAAAGAGGUAUUACACAUCAAGGAGGCAUACUAUUCAGGUUGAUUACAUAUCAUACUGCGAUGAGUUAGCUGAACAGGUUGGAUGUAAGCCUUCUUUCUUGAAUCUAUUGUUAUCAGACCCAGCCCUUGCUUUGCGAUGUUUUGUUGGCCCUUGUACCCCUCCCCAGUACCGUCUUACAGGGCCUGGAGUCUGGCCUGGGGCGAGGGAAGCCAUCAUGAAUGCUGAUAUCAAUAUUAUGCAUUCAACAAAGACUAGAGUAGUUAAACAUGAGAAAGGAGAUAAUUCUUCACUUCCACUGGCAUUUACUGCAAUUGUCUUCCUUGUAAUAAUGAUUGCAAUCUUAUUGAGAAAAUAGAGUGUUUGCACCGCCACGUGACGGCAGCCAUGUUAGAAUGCAGUUUUACAUGAAAAAGAAUAGGACGUUUGCGUGAUGGCGUAAUUGACCUCUACUACCAGACUCCCUUGCACACUUUCUUUUGUUCAGUCACACCCAU